AGAUAUGUCUGGAUUUUUCACACUAGGUGGUGGCGGAGCUGGAGGAGGAAAUAAGAACCAACAACAACAACAAGAGCAAGAUCAAUUAGCUACAAAUAGCUUACUUCUUUUCAAAGACGACGAGAUCUACAAUAAGGGUUUCGAGUUAUGGCAGCAGUACUAUCAGUUGCAUCAACAACGAGCUCAGCCUCAUCCCCAUCAUCAUCAUCAACCACAAGAUGUGGAUUUCUCAGUUGGUGUGGGUCCCAGUUGUAACAGAAGAAUCAUCAGUACUGGAAGCAGUAGUAGUAGUGGUGGUAACAAUAACAUUGUCGGUGGCGGUACUGAUGAUCAUAAUCAUAAUCAUAAUCAUCAUCAAAAUAUUACUAACAAUUAUACUAAUUCGUCUUCUUAUAGAUCAUCAUCAGGGUUUCGCGUUAUGCGUCCCAGUAGUACUGGUAGUGCUGGUGGAGGAAUUAACUGUCAAGAUUGUGGAAAUCAAGCUAAAAAAGACUGUUCACAUUUGAGGUGCCGGACUUGCUGUAAGAGCAGAGGAUUUCCAUGUCAUACACACGUUAAAAGUACCUGGGUUCCUGCUGCUAAAAGACGUGAACGGUUGCAACAACUUACUUCUCUUCAACAACAACAACAAAAUCAACAGCAACAAACUCAACUUCUUAGCUUAAGAGCUGAUCAUCACUCUAAUAUUUCAAAAAGGCCAAGAGAAAACCCAUCUUCCUCCUCUCUUGCUUGUACUCGUAUACCCAACAUCUCGCCAGGGUUAGAGUUAGGUGGUCAUUUUCCAUCGGAAGUGAGUUCUCAAGCUGUUUUUCGAUGCGUAAAAGUGAGUGCAAUCGACGAUGCAGAUGAUCAAUAUGCUUAUCAUACGGCUGUGAAUAUUGGUGGACAUUUAUUCAAAGGAAUUCUGUAUGAUCAAGGGCUAGAAGGUCGAUAUAGUGGUGGCGGUGGUGGUGGUGGAGAGAGUUCAUCUGGUAGUGGCGCCGCUCAACAAGCACUGAAUUUUAUAACCGGCGCCACCACAUCCACCACAGCAGUCGCCACCACUAGUCACCAACAUCAGCCGGCUGUUACAAUGUAUGAUCCUUCAGUGUAUCCAACUCCCAUUACUGCUUUCCUGGCUGGUACGCAAUUCUUUCCACCUCCCCGGCCUUAAUCAGAGGCGGAUUCAGAAUUUAUGAA